CCGCCGCCAGCUCCCCGGGCCGCGCACCGCCGCCGGGGCCCAGGGCCCGCGCGCCCGCUCGCUCGGCCGUCUCGGAGCUCGCCGGAGGGAGCCGCCCGGCCUUCGGGGACCGCUUUUGUCCGGAACCUGCCCUUCGGGCGAAGCAGGUUUCCUCGGCUGAGAGUGUCGCCUCACCGGAGGGCACGAUUUUGGUUUUACUGUAGGGUCGCCCUCCCGGCGCGUCCCGUCUUUCCCGAGACAAGGAAAUGGCCAACUCGGGCCUGCAGCUGCUGGGCUUCUCCAUGGCCCUGCUGGGCUGGGUGGCCCUGGUGGCGAGCACCGCCAUCCCGCAGUGGCAGAUGAGCUCCUACGCGGGCGACAACAUCAUCACGGCCCAGGCCAUGUACAAGGGGCUCUGGAUGGACUGCGUCACGCAGAGCACCGGCAUGAUGAGCUGCAAGAUGUACGACUCGGUGCUCGCCCUGCCGGCGGCCUUGCAGGCCACUCGCGCCCUCAUGGUGGUGUCCCUGGUGUUGGGCUUCCUGGCCAUGUUUGUGGCCACCAUGGGCAUGAAGUGCACGCGCUGCGGGGGAGACGACAAAGUGAAGAAGGCCCGGAUAGCCAUGACGGGGGGCAUCGUCUUCAUCAUCGCUGGCCUCGCUGCCCUGGUCGCAUGCUCCUGGAUUGGUCAUCAGAUUGUCACAGACUUUUACAACCCCUUGACGCCCAUGAAUGUUAAGUACGAGUUUGGACCUGCCAUCUUUAUCGGCUGGGCAGGGUCUGCUCUAGUCCUCCUGGGAGGCGCACUGCUCUCUUGCUCCUGUCCUGGCAGCGAGAGCAAAGCUGCAUACCGUGCGCCCCGCUCCUACCCCAAGUCCAAUUCCGCCAAGGAGUAUGUGUGAGCCUGUGGGCACGGUGUGGGAGCAAGGCCUCCUGGUCAUGACAUCUCUGAACACCAUGUACAGUUCCCUUGGAGGGUGGGCGCUGGGGGGAGGGGGAUUGGGAGAGGAAGACAACUCGGGGCGUGCUUUUUGUACAGUAAUAAAGUUUUGGAAAGUA